GAUUCGUUCCUCUACGACGAUCUGCUGAAUAUGGGGCUCUGUCUAAGGAGGUCCUUUGGUUCCUGGCCACCAAUACGAAAGACGACAGCCCGCGUGGCCUUUUUCCUGAUACUCAAGCGUUUGCUACCAUCUUUUAUCUGGCCUAUGCUGGUCAUUUCGGUAAGAUCACGCACACUUGGUUUCAUGUAUACUCUUCUGUGCUUCUUGUCCUUAUUCUGCUUUGCUGGUGAAUUCGGUCAGACGUCUUGCUCUAUCUGCUGCGCCAAUAUCCUCACUUAGCUAAGGAGAGACUGGACUCCAAGACUAAGGGAUCAGUAUUGAGAGCAUUGUCUCUUAUGCCGUCUCACUUUCUUAGCGGAGCUAGGCUCAACCUCUGGGAAAGAUUGCUAUACAAAGGUGUUCCGGUGGACUUGAACUCCACGCCAUGUGAAGAUUCAAAGAUCUCGGGGCCACCAACUACGAUAGUUGAAGCACUUCGGAUUUUUGCAAAGUUAUUCAUGGUUAAAGCAGUUGGAGAUUUCAAGAAGUUUCUCUGGACGGCUGCCAAAAUUGUAGGUAUGGUUUUACCUUUAACAAAGUCAUUAACCCGGCCCACUUUCUCUUUCCAUUUUCUGUUUCGAUUUCUCAGAAUACCAUAGUGAUAUACAAGUGCCAUCGCUGUGACGGAAAUAGUAAAGAUUU